AUGGCAGGCUCUGAAGACGCUGCCGCUCCUGCGGCCAAGCGCCCACACUCCGCUGUUGAUGGCGACGACCAUGGCGACGAGUCCUCCUCUGACGACGACUUCGGUCCUGCCCUCCCCUCCGAGGCCGCGCCAAAGAAGAAACGCCGCAAGCUUCCCUUUGAGAAGAUCUACGUGAAGGCGCUACCCGCCUCGCCUCGAUACUCCAAGUCCCUCAUGCACAAGGAGCAAUUGUCCUUUGUGACAGUCACUCCGGUUACCGACUUUGUUAUCACAAGCUCUAUCGAUGGCGUGGUCAAGUUUUGGAAAAAGAUGGCCGAAGGUAUCGAGUUUGUCAAGGAGUUUCGUGCCCACCCGGGCGAGAUUCAUAGCACCAGCGUCAGUGCAGAUGGUCGCAGCUUUGCGACAGUGGGAGCCGAUAAGACAGUAAAGAUAUUUGAUGUCAUCACUUUUGAUCUCCUCGCCAUGUACACUCUCGAAUUCGUCCCCCGCUGCGUAUGCUGGGUUCAUCGCCGAGGCGCUUCAUUACCGCUGUUGGCUGUGACAGAUCAAUCCAGCAACACCAUUCAAGUCUUUGAUGGGCGAGGAGAGAACCCCGAGCCCUUGCAUACCGUGAAGUCCAUUCACCGGAGCCCGGUAGUUUCGUUGGCCUUCAACAACGCGUAUGACUGUGUCAUUUCUGCGGACGAAUCUGGAAUGAUUGAAUAUUGGAGAGCCGGAGACGGAUCAUUUGAGAAGCCGGACAAUGUGUUCGAACUCAAAUCGUCCACCAAUCUGUUUACUUUCAAAAAGGCCAAAUCAACCGCUACGGCCAUAACCAUCUCACCUUCGGGUGAACAAUUCGCCACGAUAUCUUUCCCAGAUCGCCAGGUUCGCGUGUUUGAGUUCGCAACGGGUAAGUUGUAUCGCACAUACGAUGAGUCGAUAGCUACUCUUAUGGAGAUGCAGCAGGCUGGAACCGCCCCGUACCAGUUGGAUGAAUUAGAAUUCGGACGACGAUUGGGAGUAGAGCGGGAACUAGAGGGCGAGUCAAUCCGUAACAAAGUCAAUGUCUCUUUUGACGAGUCGGGUCAUUUCUUGCUUUAUGGAUCUCUUUACGGAACCAAGUGCAUCAACACGUAUACGAACCGCGUUGUGCGCGUAUAUGGCCGUGACGAGCCAUUCCGUGCCCUGAACCUUGCCCUCUAUCAAGGUCAGCCCCAGCGGAAAGGCGUUGUCACUGUUUCCAUGGCCGCCAGUAGCAACCCCUUGCUUCAAGAAGCGGAGGAACGAGAUGCCAUUUUGAUCAGCACUGGGUUUGGCAAGGUGCGCUUCUACAUGUUUACCAACGAAACCGAUAUAUCGAAGUCAUCUCGAGAUGUACAGAACGAGAAGCCCACCCAGGUUGCUGGUGGGAUUGAUGCCGGCAGCACCAAGGCGAAUGAAAGUGGCACUGCCGCUGUUCUCCACACCACCAUGGGUGAUAUCCAUUUGCGUCUCUUCCCCUCCGCUGCGCCACGGACAGUUGAGAAUUUCGUUACCCACGCUCGGCAAGGUUACUACAACAACACCAUCUUCCAUCGUGUCAUUCGCAAGUUCAUGAUUCAAGGUGGUGAUCCGCAGGGCGAUGGAACUGGUGGAGAGUCCAUCUGGGGCGGAGAGUUCGCGGAUGAAUUUUCCACUCUGCGUCACGAUAAGCCGUACACAUUAUCCAUGGCUAAUGCGGGUCCCAACUCCAAUGGUAGUCAGUUCUUCAUCACAACCGAGAAAACCCCGUGGUUGGACAACAAGCACACCGUCUUCGGUCGGGCCGUACAAGGAUUGGAUGUGGUGCACAAGAUUGAGAAUGUCAAGACUCACAAGGAGAAGCCCGAGGUUGAUGUAAAGGUUGUGAGCAUCAGCAUCUCCUGA